UCCCACGAAAGGCCCGGGAGGGCGGAGGUCCUGGGAAGGGCCACCCUGGGUCGACACCGCCCCAGUGGGGGAGUCGGGCCUAUUUCGGACUUGCCACUGUGAAGGGAAGUGAUUUGGGGGCGUCAGGUAAGGCCCCGCUCCUUCACCAUCACCUGGUGAAAGAUACUAGUGCUGAGCUGGGGUGCCCGCAGGCAGGUCUGGGCCUCGGGGUAAAACGGCGCUAGCCCCGCCCUCUGCCCCACCUGCGGCGGGUGGCCUAGCUGGGGCGCCCAGGUGAGCCACGGGGCGGUGAGCCAUCGCCCACCCGCAGCCGGGGCGGGGCUUGGGGGCGGAGCCUCACGCCCCGCCCCGCCGUUGGGCCCUGCCGCGCCGCUGCGGCUCCUCCUCUCUCCUUCCGUCCUCCGCGCCUUCCGUCCGUCGGUCCUUCCUUCCUGCCUCGCCUCCACGCUUCGCGCUAUGGGGCAGAGCCCCCGCUACGCUAGCACCACCUGAGGAUCCGCAAACCGCCUCCACGAUGGAAGAGGACCAGGAACUGGAGAGAAAAAUAUCUGGAUUGAAGACCUCAAUGGCUGAAGGCGAGAGGAAGACAGCCCUGGAAAUGGUCCAGGCAGCUGGAACAGAUAGACACUGUGUGACAUUUGUAUUGCACGAGGAGGAUCAUACCCUAGGAAAUUCUCUGCGUUACAUGAUCAUGAAGAACCCGGAAGUGGAAUUUUGUGGUUACACUACGACCCAUCCUUCAGAGAGCAAAAUUAAUUUACGCAUUCAGACUCGAGGUGCCCUUCCAGCUGUUGAGCCAUUUCAGAGAGGCCUGAAUGAGCUCAUGAAUGUCUGCCAACAUGUGCUUGACAAGUUUGAGGCCAGCAUAAAGAACUAUAAGGAUCAAAAAGCAAGCAGAAAUGAAUCCACAUUCUAGUCCCUUAUGCAGUAUACAAGGAGAACUGUCCUCUAUAGAUAUUCUCUUCCUGCUGGUGCAGAACUCAGAAUUAGAAGUUUGUGAUCAAAGCAUACUCUGUCCUUCAGAAAGGCAUGAUUUUAGCUGUUGACCCCUUGCAGCUGUUGGAAUCUCUGCAAGAACCUCUGUAUUCCUCUAAUAAAUUCCCUCUUUUAUUUAAACUA